AUGAUUCAAGAAAUGGAGAAGUUCCUUCUACUCUUUGCAAGCUGGUCAGCGCCUGCAGCCGCGCUGGUUGUCAUCGUUCUUUGCAAGACGCUCACUGAGUUCGCAUGCAACUCCAGUGUGGCGCACGCGUUGCUGCCACAUAUCGCUAGAGUGUGCGUAAUAUCAAAAAUAAAUCCACAAUAUCUGAUGUUAUCGGCGACGCUCGCGUGUGCUUUGCCCUUCCACUUGAUGACGGGAACGCCCGCUAAUGCUAUGGUUCUUGCUUACGUCCAUCUUCCGCCAAAAGUUAUGAUGCUUGCGGGUUUUGGACCUUCAGUACUAUCGGUCCUCACAGUGUGGUUCACUGUCACUAUGUGGUCUAAAGCAAUAUGGCCUGAAAUACUUUUAUUCCCCAAAUGGGCGGAGGUCAAUUCGCUAGAGUAA